AUGUCGACUGACUCAAAAGUGUCUACAGUAUGUAAACCGCUGUGGGAAGACGGUGAGCUCGGGCUUGGUCUUCGCCGAAAGGAAGCCGGACCUUGGCAAACAAGACGUCAAUUCGAUAAUCGACUAAUUGCGGUCGCAACACAGGUGAUACUGAACAAUACAGUUCCGGCAGACGCCUAUCUAGAGCUUCGUUUCGACCACGCACUUCUACUUGAUCUUGGGCCUGGUCAUGAUCGGAAUUUUGGUUGCGCACGCGGAGAACAGAGCGGAUGGCAAUUCAUCGCCUACCUGCACCAAACACCCUGGCCAUACUUUCUGGGAUGCCAACAGAAUUGGCGAUUCACUGAAACACAUCUCAUUGAAUGCUUCGACGCUAACAAUCCAAAGCCGCGACGGAGGCACCGUUCAAGACGCGGACAUCGCCGAAAGCACAUCAAAAAAAUUUUGAUCAAACCCUUUCGC